CAAUUAAUAUAACUACAUGUAUAUGUAGAAAGACAUUAAUGGCACAAACAACAUGGUGGCGAUUGUGCAUUUUAUUUGUACACAUACAAUAUCAUGGCUUAGAAGCUUUACAAGAUCAUAGACAUUUUCUUCGAGAUUUUGAUUAUUUUUCUGAUUCUCAGCGUGUUGCAAUGAAAGCAAAAGUGAAAGAAAUGUUUUAUUUUGGUUACAAUAAUUAUAUGCAGCAUGCUUUCCCUCUGGAUGAACUGAAUCCAAUAUAUUGCUCUGGAAGAGGACCAGACAAAGAUAACCCAGACAACAUCAAUAUCAAUGAUGUUUUAGGAGGGUAUUCUUUGACACUGAUCGACACAUUAGACACACUUGCAAUAAUGGGAAAUCAUUCUGAAUUCAAGCAUGCAGUUAGUUUAGUAUCAAGUUAUGUCAAUUUUAACCAAGACAAUGUUGUGCAGGUAUUUGAAGCCACUAUAAGAGUAAUCGGUGGUUUACUGGCUGCUCACUUGCUAAUAGUUGAUUCUGCUGAAACGUUUGGGCCACUGAGACCAGAUGACUAUGAUAACGAUUUACUGACAAUGGCACAUGAUCUUGCUAAUAGACUUUUACCUGCCUUUGAUAAAAGUAAAACUGGAUUGCCGAUGCCAAGGGUUAAUUUACGACACGGUGUUCCUCCUUAUAGCGCUACUACAACUUGCACAGCUGGUGCAGGGACUCUCAUACUAGAAUUUGGUAUUUUGUCAUAUCUUCUUGAUGAUUCAACAUUUAAAACAGUAGCACAGGGAGGAAUAAAUGCACUUUGGAAGCUACGCUCAAAUACUACAGGUCUUUUUGGUAAUAUCGUUGAUGUUGAAAGUGGAGAGUGGGUGGGAAAGAUGAGUGGACUGGGUGCUGGUGUUGACUCUUUUUACGAGUACCUACUUAAGAGUUACAUUCUGUUUGGUGAGAAAAGCGAUCUAGAAAAAUUCAAUGAAAUAUACGGUAAUAUUCAAAAAUAUAUGAGAAAAGGGAGACAGUUCUGCAACAAUGGAACUGGUGAAACACCACUAUAUGUUAACGUACAUAUGGCAAAUGGCGAAACGUUGAAUACGUGGAUGGAUUCUUUGCAAGCCUCAUUUACUGGUGUACAGGUAUUACGAGGUGAUAUACAAGAAGCUGUCUGCAGUCACGCAUUGUAUUAUGGGAUAUGGCAAAGAUACGGUGUACUGCCCGAGCGAUUCAAUUGGAACUUGAAGGCUCCAGAUGUGAAGUUCUUUCCAUUGAGACCAGAAUUUAGUGAAGCGACUUAUCUCUUAUAUCAAGCAACUAAGCAUCCAUUUUAUUUGCAUGUUGGUGUUGAUAUUGUAAAUAGUUUGGAAGCUCACACCAGGGCAGAGUGCGGAUACGCCACUGUUCAUAACGUCGAAGACAAAUCACUAGAAGAUAGAAUGGAAAGUUUCUUUUUAAGUGAAACAAUGAAGUAUUUAUAUUUGUUAUUUGAUUUCGAAAAUCCAAUCAACCAACAAGCGUCUAAUUGGAUAUUCUCCACAGAAGGUCACGUGUUCAAACUUGACGAUCGUUACCGAGAAAAUAUUUGGAAUAAUUGGGAAAAAAAAGAAAAAAUGAAUAUGUUUAAACCGACGGUGACAAGUAACAGAAGAAAUUCCACAUGGGAUUCGAAAUGUACAUCAUAUAACGAGAUGAGAUAUUCAAGACUUCCACUCAAAGAAGAAUACAUUCUGCAGAUAGAAAAAUUUGUAGGUCUAGCGUGAUUAGAGCCAUCCUUUUGUCUCGUUUAUCUAAUCUUGUCUUACUUAAUAAUAUUAAGUUUCGUUACCAUGACAACAAUCAGUAGAUAAUGCUAAAGAUUGAUUGCACUGAAUGUCGAUUUUUUAUUGUUUGUUUGUUUUUUUAAGAUAACUUGGCUUUUAAUAAAAUGGUCUAUGUUGUCGUUAAAAAACUCAUAAACAGCAGUAAAAAUUAGGGCCCAAUGCGACCCGUUCUUAAAAGGUCAAGCGUGCUUUUUCUCUUUACAGUGAAAAUUUAUAAUUUUUUGAAGGAAAUAUUUCAACCCCUAACUUUAAUUUUACUAUCUACUUCAAACAUUUAAUAGUCACAUGCGUGAUCAAACAUGCGUGGUCAAGCAUGCGUGGUCAAACAUGGGUGUUUGAACACGCGUGGGCUUACUAUAUAUCCACUUUUCGUGCGAUGGAACUAGCACGUGUGUAAUUUCGUCACUUGAUUAGUGGUAUUGUGGCUACACCUUCUUUUUCCCGCGGUUGAGGUCAAGUAGGAUAUAUUCGUGUCUACUCGCACUCGCGCAAUCUAAGGACGAGGCUAUUAUUGUAUUUUUAAGUCGUGGUAAUGAAGUUGCGUAUCGAUAGAUAACAAUAAUUCGUGAAAGGUGUAUUGUACCGCAGUGCUAAUAAAAAUUUUGAGUAUGUUAUGUGUUAUGAUUUAUUUAAAGAUUUCGGACGACAAACUUUUAGACAAUUUUUUUAGGAAUAUGGGUAAUUUGAAAUUGUAGGUUUUUCUAUGUAUAAUGUUCAAUUUAACAUAAAGAAAAUAUACAAAAAGACACAAAGUUACAAAAGAUAAUGUGAGGUUAUAUCGAGUUGCGUGAUAAAAUAUGAAAUGACAAUCAUUAACUGCAAGAUGACAGGGGAAAACGAGGAACAACAAAGAUUAUUGAUUAUAAAAACUUUCAUACAAGUUUGUUAGUUAUCUGUUUAUUAAAAUCUCAGUUGUCUGAUUAAAAAAAAUAUAUACUGAGGUAUAGAUUCGGUGUAAAAAAAUUAAGAUUCGUUAGAUAUUUCUUGGCGGAAAAAAUCCCGGCUUUAAUUUUGUGCGAGAUAUUUUCCGAGCAAAGGUUUAUCAUACUGAAACAUUUCACAAAUUUAAUCUUUUAUUCUACUGCUUUGUGCAGAAAAUGCAUAAAAAUAUAAUUUCAAUGGUAACCCGAUGAAGAGCUGCACAUAUUAAUUACCGUAAUUGGGUCACGCGGUCCCGUGAUUGUUAAAUUAAAUUGAUUUAUUCUCUUCAGUGUUAUCAUAUAGCUUGUUUACUGAUUGUUGAAAUGCUCACUAAAAAUAAGAGAAAAUAAAAACGGUGUAUGCGGUGAUUAUCUAUUCGCUGGUCAUAAGGUAGAACAUUUCGUCUUAUGUUUUAUUAAUGUUUUGGGUAAGCGAGAUUUAUUGCCCUAUAAUAUUUUUCGCUAGGUGCAAUUAUUCUGUUAAAGAUUAAUUUUUAUAAUAAGUAAGGAAAUAGAAUUGAAGGAAUUGCAAUCAACGGUGAGGGGUUUCUAAAAUUCUGAUUUCAUAAUAAUAUUUGCUAUCGUCCAUUUCUUAUCAUUGAUGUAGGAAUUGAUAAGAAUUUCCAAUCUAAAGAUAAUUUUAGCUGCUUUCUCCUAAACUUUGCUAUUUUUACAUGUAUACCGUCAAAACUUGAAUAAACGCCCUAAGCAUUUAGCAGUAAUUUGGGCGUUAAAUUUUAGGAGACGUUUUUAAUAAUAAAAUAACGCCUUUAACAGUAAAAUGGAACAUUGUCGAUGCACAGACGAUUUUUUAUUAUCCAAACAAAAGUGAAAAAAAUAUUUUCAUUUGUCGUUAUUUAACCCUAUUAUACCUGCGCUUUUUUGGCCCUUGUAACCCUAACUUUUAUUAGGGGUUCUGAUGAAAAAAAAAUUUUGGAAAAUUUUGUACCUUGCUGGGGGUGUUGCAUUUUUUGGACAGGGGUAAAUUUUUUGGAAUUUUGAAAACCGUUGACAUUCAUGUAAGAAUGUCAUAAGAUGUUGUAUUGGGUAUAUAAAUAUUUAUUACAUGUAUGUUGGUUACUUAGUGGUAACCAAGGUGUUGCUAAGGUGAUAUAUGGUUACUAGGGACAAAAAACGGACCAGAUUUAUUUCCGGACCGGAAAUAUCGAUCCAGCAAAUUGACGUCAUUUCGGAUACCAGUGACGUCAUGAUAUUGUUUUCCUUCCCUUGAUUAUUUUUAAAUGCCCUGUUCUACACAUAUGCCAAGUUUAAUGACACGAGCAUCAAUAUUUUUGGUAAAACGGGUCUUUUUUAUCUUCAUCGUUUAAAGAAGAAAUUUUUUUUGCCGAAAUGACAUUAAAAUUACUUUUUUCAUGUGAAACACAUAUUUUGGUUUUCAUUCCAUAUAUCUACCAAGAAUCAAGGCCAUAUCAUUAGUAACACGCGAGAAAUUAAACGUACUGAAAAAUUAGGGAAAUGACCAUUUUUCACAUGUGUGACGUCAUUUCUAAUCCCUAUGACGUCAUCAAAUUAUUUUUUUACCUAGAUUGAGUUUGUAUUAAGACAUUCUCCAACUGAGCCAAGUUUCAUUACCCAGGUAUAAUAGGGUUUAGUAUUCGCUUAACUUCUGGGCGUUUAUUCACAAGGGUGAAUUUUUAAAAUAGGCGUUUUAGCUACUUCAGGGUGGCGGCUGCGAUAAAUUAUUUUUUAUGAUUUUCUGCUUUAUUUAUGUUCUUGUUAUGUUAAACUGUUUGUUUGUUUGUUUGUUUGUUUUGUUGGUUUUUAUUUAAUAAUUUGUGCUGACAUCACACAAAAUUAAACACUAUAUUUUACGUUGCACUUUUUUCCUAUCUACGAAAACGUUUUGUGAAAUUUAUAAUUUAACAAUGUUUUUGUGAAAUAUAUUUUUUGUAACUUUUAUUACAGAAACAAUACAUGGCGUUUUAGUCCCUCCAA